UUAGAGCUAGAAAAUGACAGAGGCGAUUUCUCAGGAAGAAGAGUCUUUCACAUGUCCAGUGUGUCUGGAUCUGCUGAAGGAUCCAGUGACUAUUCCCUGUGGACAUAAUUUCUGUAUGAGGUGCAUUAAGAGCUGCUGGGAUGAGGAGGACCAGAAAGGAGUUUACAGCUGCCCCUUGUGCAAGCACACCUUCACUACCAGACCUGCCCUCUACAAAAACCCUCUGAUUGCUGAAAUGGUGGAGCAUUUUAGGAAGACCAGAAUCCAAGCUGCUCCUCACAAUUAUGCUGGACCUGGAGAUGUGGAGUGUGACGUCUGCACUGGGAGAAAACUCAAAGCUGUGAAGUCCUGUCUGGAGUGUCUGGUGUCUUACUGUGAAACUCAUUAUAAAGUUCACAAUGAAGUUAAAACUGGACGAAAACACUCAGUGGUUGAUGCCACAGGCCAGCUAGAGGAGAGGAUCUGUUCUCGUCACAAGAAGGUUCUUGAGACAUUUUGUCGUACCGAUCAGCAUUGUAUCUGCUUUCUGUGCAUGAUGGACGACCAUAAAGGCCAUGACACAGUGGCAGAACGGACUCACAAACAGGAAAUAGGAAUAAAAUCAGUAGACAUUGAACAACAGAUGCAGUUGGGGCAGACCCAGACGAGAUUCCAGGAGAGAGAGAAGGAGCUACAGGAGCUGAGGAAGGCUGUGGAGACUAUCAAGGGGUCAACCUAUCCUGGGGUCCCUCACACGGUCCACACACUGGGCAUGCCUCCCAUACCUCAUGACACAAACCACAGGAGAUUUCAACCGAGAAUCCAGGAGAGAGAGAAGAAGCUGCGGGAGCUGAGUAAGGCUGUGGAGACACUCAAGAGCUCUGCACAGACAGCAGUGGAGGACACUGAGAGGAUCUUUACUGAGAUGAUCCGCUCCAUUGAGAGAAGGCGCUCUGAGGUGAAACAGCUGAUCAGAGCUCAGAUGAAGGCUGAGGUGAGUCGGGCUGUAGGACUCCUGAAGCAAAUGGAGCAGGAGAUUGCGGAGCACAGAGAAGAUAACAUCCAUUCCAUCAAGAAUUUCCCAUCAAUCAGAGAGUCUCCUCACUCUAAAGACUUACCCAGCAUGACCUUCAACCGGAGUCUCUCUUUUCAGGCUGUGAAGGAAUCUGUCUCCGCAGUGAAGGUGCAGCUGGAUGGCAUCUUCAAGCAGGAAGCAGCCAAGAUAUCUGCAGCAGGUUGGACAAACAUCUAG